CCAGAUCCCAGUGUACAGCACCAGCCCGAUGCCAGCCUAGGCCCGCCUAGCGUCUAGCAUGUCCAAGGCCAUCAUCGCCUACCGAGUGAAGAAGAUCGAGUCAAUCGGCAGGAUGACGCAGAUGACACAGGAGGAGAUCAUGAUCAACACCAAGACGGUGGUGCAGGGGCUGGAGGCGCUCAAGAAUGAGCACAACUCGAUCCUCAACGGCCUGUCCGCGGCGGCGGCCAGCGAGACGCACCAGCCCCUCGGCACCGAGAAGGUCGGCAUCCUCAGACAGUCCCUGGACACCAUCGAGCUGGGGCUCGGCGAGGCGCAGGUGAUGGUGGCGCUGGCGUCCCACCUGCAGAUCGUGGAGGCCGAGAAGCAGAAGCUGCGCGCCCAGGUGCGCCGCCUGGUGCAGGAGAACGCGUGGCUGCGCGACGAGCUGGCCAACACGCAGCAGAAGCUGCAGGCGUCGGAGCAGGCCGUGGCGCAGCUCGAGGAGGAGAAGAAGCACAUCGACUUCAUGACGAGCAUGCGGAAGUACGACCAGGACAUCAUCGGCGAGGACUUGAUGACGGAGUCCACCAAGUCGGACCGGCCGCGGCAGGACGACCCCGUCGUGGACCUCUUCCCCGACGACGACGCGGAUGACAGAAACAACAUGUCGCCCACGCCGCCCAACCAGUACGCCCAGCAAGUGAACGCCGGCUACGAGAUCCCCGCCCGCCUGCGCACGCUGCACAACCUGGUGAUCCAGUACGCGUCGCAGGGCCGCUACGAGGUGGCGGUGCCGCUUUGCAAGCAGGCCCUGGAGGACCUGGAGAAGACCAGCGGGCACGACCACCCCGACGUGGCCACCAUGCUCAACAUCCUGGCGCUGGUGUACCGGGACCAGAACAAGUACAAGGACGCCGCCAACCUCCUGAACGACGCCCUGGCCAUCCGGGAGAAGACCCUCGGCGAAAACCACCCGGCUGUCGCUGCCACAUUGAACAACCUGGCUGUUCUGUACGGUAAACGGGGGAAGUACAAGGAAGCUGAGCCUCUUUGCAAGCGGGCUUUAGAAAUACGCGAGAAAGUCCUUGGCAAGGAUCACCCUGAUGUAGCGAAGCAACUCAACAAUCUCGCUUUACUUUGUCAGAACCAGUUCAAAUUUGAGGAAGUUGAGAGGUAUUACCAAAGGGCCCUCGAGAUUUAUGAAAGUAAAUUGGGACCUGACGAUCCCAAUGUUGCAAAAACCAAAAACAAUCUUGCGUCGUGCUACCUGAAGCAGGGAAAGUUCAAAGAAGCAGAGAUCCUCUACAAGCAAGUUCUAACUAGAGCACAUGAAAGAGAGUUUGGAACUAUAGAUGGCGACAACAAACCCAUUUGGCAAGUGGCUGAAGAACGAGAAGAGAAUAAACACCGCAAUAAGGAAAACGCUCCAUAUGGAGAGUAUGGCGGUUGGCACAAAGCAGCAAAGGUUGAUUCACCCACGGUCACAACCACCCUUAAAAAUUUAGGUGCUUUGUACAGAAGGCAGGGCAAAUAUGAGGCGGCAGAAACACUAGAAGACUGUGCAUUACGCUCCAGAAAAGAGGCUUUGGAUAUUGUGAAGCAGACUAAGGUUGCCCAGGUCUUAAGUACUAUUGGAGCUGAGACAAGUAUGUCAAGCAGUGCUGAGAAACGGCGCAGUUCCAGUGGUCGUGAGCGAUCUAGUCGCAGAGGUUCGCGGGAGUCACUUGAAUCAAUGCCCAGCGAAGCAAGUGAAGAGUCCAGUCCAUUAAGACGGAGCGCCAGCUUCACGAAGCUGAGGGCUUCAAUAAGACGCUCCAGUGCCAAAUUGAUGCAGCGUCUAUCGAUGCCAACCAGAGCCGAGUUGGAUGGGCUGGCCCACAGCAUGAAGCGCGCAAGUUCUCUGUCCGUUCUUAGUAGCCAGACAUGGGAACAGGUUGGUGUUGGGGGCUCUCUUUUGUGGAGUGCAAAAGUUCAAGCUUCAAGCCCAAGUGAAACAGCAUCGUGACAUGAUAACAAUUUCAUAAAACAUUACUUGACUCUCAAAAAUAGCUUAUGAUUUUGAAACUUCAAAUUUUGUUUGUUUUAAUUUUUACAUUUUGACUCUUACUUAAUGCAGCAUUUUUUCUUAAAAAAAUAAAGAGCACGGUAAGCGUGAUUUUGAUAGGCUCACUUCUCUUGUGGGUAGUGUACAGAUUUUAAAUAACAUUGUCAAAGUGCAUCUACAACUGUGGUAGCACAUUUUUGGAACCGUUUUGAACUUGUAAUUGUGAGUCAUAAUGGUGGAAAUUAUGAAAAGUCAGAAAAUAGGUUGUUUUUGCUGCUGCUUGUGAAGUUGUAGCUCUGUUUUGAUUGUCCCCAUGAGAUUUGAAAGUCUCAAUGAAACAGAUGUGGUCCUUUAGAUUUAGUUCGAACAUUUCAAAAAUUCCAACAGUCUGCAGGAUGGUGUGCAGGAUGUAAUUCGUGUCAUAAUGUGCAUUAUUAAAAUAAUUGCUGCAUUUUUGUGUCAUCAAAACAUUCGGAUCUUUUGUGGACUGCAUCUGUAUAAUUUUGUAAAGUAACUUAAUUUAAAACAUUGAUAUUGGAAGGGUAUGGUCUAUUUUGCCAGACCUCUUAUGUGCUUGCUAUUUUUGGUAUGACUAUGUUCUAGAACUAAAAACUGAUAUUGUAAAGAAUUUAUUUCUUAGAUUAUAAACUACAUUCAAAGUAUUAUUUUCAUUGGUACUAGCAGCGAUUCUUGAACUCAUAGCUUUUUAGUGUAUCUUUUUUUGUUUUUAAAGAAAAAUAGUUAGUCACACUGAGUUACAAUUGCAUUCCUUUAUAAAAUUUGCAGUGUGCAAUAAUUGCAAGAGACUGUUAUAUUUGUACUUUUUUUUUCACUGCCCGCUUAGUGUGUGGGACUUAAAGAAGAGUGUCUCAGUAUUAUAAUGUGUAAUGUGUUAUUAAAAAAAAUGGUACUGAUAAUUUGAAGGAAAGCAUGUCUAUUUGUUGGUUAUUGUUAUUGAUGGUUGUAGAAUACAUUGCUAAUUUCUGUUCAAAAUUUUUGCUCUUGAUGUCGUUGAGACCUUCUUCCAUCCAGCUUUGGGAAACAAAGAUUCCUGAGAAAAGCAUGAAUGGAUUCAAAUGAAAACGGAAGUUGUAGGGGCACACUGGUGUUUUCACGCCUUGAAGCCUCUUGAAGUGAAGUUGGCAAACUGCACACCAGUGCCUAGCAUUUUGCCUCUGAAGUAUUAGAAACUCUGUGAUAAUAUAUUUCAUUUUGCUGCAAUACUUUGGAAUACUUGUUCCUUUUAUUACUUCAGAAAUUUGGUUCUUAGUUAAUUUUGUCCUUGGAAGACCCACAAUGAACAUGUUUCAAUUGUAAUGCACUGGUUGUCAACAGUACUUGUGCUACAUUUUUCAUAUUAAAACUGUUAUCUUCAAGGGUAAAGUGAAGGCUCAUUUAUUCACACUGCAAUGCAUGUCCUAAUUUUGCUUUAUCCAAGCUGUAUACAAGACCAAUAAAUUUAGUAUUUAUUUCAAAAAA